CAUUUCUAAAGCGGGAGAGGCUGACAGAGCGAGAGCAACACUAUUCUCCAUUACCAGAUUCAAUGAAGCUUCGACAGUAGCAAAUAACGAAACACAUCAUAAAUCAAAAAAAUCCGCUUGAGAUUCUCUCCAAAUAAGUUCAAUUUGUUUCAGUUCCUUAUCUCGUAGAUAUUUAUUUUUAAAGUAAUACCGAAACCACCACCAACAACCAAACCUAGGGUUUAAUUUAUUUUUUUUCGUUUCUUUUCUUCCAGCGUUCAGAUGUCUGCAAAAUGGAGAGCUUUACAACAUCGUCACCGGUACACAUACACAGCUAUAAUGUUCCCUCAAUCAUAUAUCGAUGCAUUGAAUAGUUUACCAUCAGAUACUUCUUCUUUGAAAUUUUUUAGAAUUAAAGAGUUAGUUUCUGUAAACACAAUUUAUUCGCAAGUGAAUAAUGCAAAGCCGCUUUCUAAAGCUUUUAGUGAGUUAUUAGUUAAUGGUAAUGAAGAUGUUGUUUCUGUUGCCGUGCGGUUUUACUUAGAGAUGUUGUUUUCUGAGAACUCGCUUCCAUUGCAUAGAACACUAGUUUCGGUGUUUGUUAAGUGCCGCAAAUAUCAGUCUGAGAUUGCGGGUUGUUUGAGGUCGUUCUGUGCGGAGUAUGGAAAUUUAAGUGGUAAUGGGAAGAGAUUUAUUGUAUGUAGGGUGGCAUUAUCGAUGAUGAGUUGUCCUAAGCUGGGAUUUUUGGUGGAUAUUGUUGAUGAAUGUUGUGUUUUAGUAGCUUUGGCUGUGAUUUUUGGUUUGAAUGGUGUGGUUUCGGAGGUUGAUAAUGGAUGUAGACCUUCGCCUUUGGUUAUGGAGCAGAGUCAGGAUGCAUUGUCAUGUUUAUAUUACCUGCUUCAGCGUUUUCCUUCCAAGUUUAUGGAGUCGAAGGACUGUGGAGGUGGUUUAGUACCCAAAGAUUCAACUAUAUUUGAGAUUGCUGUGAAGGCGAUAUUAAAUAUCUUGAAAUCAGUGGCUUUUUCAAGGGAUGCGUUGGUAGCUGCAGGUGAGAGUUUUUGUGCGGCUCUCCAAGUGUGUAUGAGUCCUGAAGAGCUUGCUUGCUUUACAGCUAAGGCAUUUUAUUCUCAUACUAGUGGUGGUUUUACUGUUGAUGGUAAGACGGAACUUGGGGUAUCGGAUCCAGAGUUGCCAUACAAGGGGGAUUUGUAUUCAGAGAUUGGAAGCUUAUCGGUGUUGAGUAGGGUCUGCUUAUUGAGAGGAAUUCUUACGGCAGUUCCAAGAACGGUGCUGAACACCCAUUUUGUUUUAUCAGCAAAUAACAUGGAUGUACUUAGUGUUAAUGAGUCAAAUGGUAAUUCCGCUUGGACUAUACUUUUUGACGGGAUUUUACCUGAACUAUGUAACUACUGCGAAAAUCCCGUCGACAGCCAUUUUAACUUCCGUGUGUUGACUGUGAUGCAGAUUUGUAUGCAACAGAUUAAAACAUCGAUAUUGGCUGAGCUUGCAAGAGUAUCGAGCAAUUAUGAUCCCCUCUCCGAGGAAAUGGGUGCCAGGUUGCUAAGAAUAGUUUGGAAUAAUUUGGAGGACCCCCUUAGUCAGACCGUCAAACAAGUUCAUGUCGUAUUUGAUCUUUUCUUGGAUAUCCAAUCUACCCUACGCAAGGAAGAUGGUAGUGAGAGAAUCAAGUCUUUUCUGAGAAAGACCGCAUCAGAUCUUCUGUACUUAGGGGCACGUUGCAAGGGCAGAUAUGCUCCUCUUGCUUCUCUUACCAAGAGAUUGGGAGCAAAGACUAUUUUGGACAUAAAUCCUAAUAUUCUUCUUGAAACAGCUUAUGCAUACAUUGAUGAUGAUGUUUGUUGCGCUGCAACUUCAUUUUUGAAGUGUUUCCUCGAGUGUUUGCGUGAUGAAUGUUGGAGUAGUGACGGCAUCCAGAAAGGGUAUGCCAUUUUCAGAGGGCUUUGCUUGCCUCCUAUUUUACAUGGAUUUGUUUCAGGGGUUUCAAAGCUGCGGUCCAAUUUGAACACAUAUGCCGUAUAUGUCAUUCUUGAAGUGGAUGUGGAUAGUAUAUUUCCCAUGCUUAGCUUCAUUUCAGUUGGACAACAUGAAAGCUAUUCUGAGUUGGAUUUUUCUGAGCUUGCUGGUGCCAAGAUGGCUUUAACUGUGGAUCAGCAGGUGGCUGCUUUGGUAUCAUUGCUCAAGGUAUGCCGAUUGCUUGCUCUUAUCGAUGGGGAUAUUGACAAUUGUAGUGAUAACUGUAAUUUGGAAUCCGAAGGUUCGGGAGAUUUUGCACUUCUUUCCAUAAAGGGAAUUAAAGUGAAAGUGCCGGUGAAGUGGUUUAUAUUGGCACUCACCCAUGUUGAUGAGACCCUCCGGAUAGAUGCGGCAGAAUCACUAUUCUUGAAUCCAAAAACAGCUAGUCUUCCUUCCCAUAUGGAACUAAGUUUGUUGAAGAAAUCUGUGCCCUUGAACAUGCGAUGUUGUUCAACAGCUUUUCAGAUGAAGUGGUCCAGCUUGUUUAGAAAGUUCUUUUCUCGUGGUCGUACUGCUUUGGAGAGACAGGUAAAACUUGGUCACUGGAAUCCUCUUGCAUUUGACAGUAAUGUCGUGAGCUCGGAUAAGGGAAUGGAGGGAACUGAUGUCCACCGAGCACAGGAUCUUUUUCAUUUUAUGAGGUGGUUUACUUCUUUCCUCUUUUUUGCAUGCUAUCCUUCUGCUCCAUAUGAGAGAAAAAUCAUGGCGAUGGAACUCAUCUUUAUAAUGAUUAAUACCUGGCCUAUACUACCACAAUCAGAAGUUAGUUCUUCUCGUCCAAUCUGUGUUAAUCCUUAUAGUGAAGGAUUUACUUCACCUGAUUCAACUUUGUUACUGGUUGAAUCAGUAAUUGAUAGUUGGGAUAAGCUGAGGGAGAAUUCUUUCCGCAUUCUUCUACAUUUCCCUACUCCACUUCCUGGAAUAUCUAAUCCCGACAGGGUCAAGGAAGUAGUAGUAUGGGCAAAGAAGCUGAUAUGCAGCCCGCGCAUUAGAGAAUGUGAUGCUGGAGCUUUGGCCUUACGGCUCAUUUUUAGGAAGUACGUCUUGGAGCUGGGGUGGAUUGUGGGAGCAUCAGUCAAUGUGGUUUGUUUUCAGCGCCAAACUGGGAUGCUCAAUGAAGCUACUUGUAUAUCCAAAUCUGGACACCCAGUCAUAGAGUAUAUACUGUCACUAAUCGACUGGAUGCGGGUUGCUGUGGGUGAGGGAGAGAAGGAUCUUACUGCAGCGUGCAGGAAUAGCUUUGUUCAUGGUGUACUGCUUACUCUUAGAUACACAUUUGAGGAAUUAGAUUGGAAUUCUGAUGUGGUCUUGUCCAGCAUGGCUGAGAUGAGGCAUGCACUUGAGAAGCUCCUAGAGUUAAUUGAGCGGAUAACAUCACUAGCCCUUGGUGUGGUUUCAGCCGAUGCAUGGCACCUGCCGGAGGACAUGGACGAUAUGGUUGACGAGGAUGCAUUUAUCGAGGAUGUACCAGUAGAGAUGCAGAAUCCUCAAUCCUCAUCAGAGUUCCAAGUCAACUCGAACCUCAUGGAUAACAAAGAGAAUAGCAGGCCAACAGAACAAAUUGUCAUGGUUGGUUGCUGGCUAGCUAUGAAAGAGGUUAGUCUUCUUCUGGGAACCAUCACGAGGAAAGUUCCCCUUUCAAAGUGCAUUCUAUCAGAUCCAUCGGAUGCUCUGGAGUCUGCUGAUGAACUUCCAAGCACAUUGCCUGAUGCAAUCCUUGACACGGAACAACUGCAGGCAAUUGGCGAUCAUUUCCUUGACGUGCUUCUGAAAAUGAAGCACACUGGUGCCAUUGAUAAAACCAGAGCUGGAUUUACAGCGCUUUGCAACAGGCUGCUUUGUUCAGAUGAUCCAAGACUUUCAAGAAUGACAGAGUCUUGGAUGGAGCAACUGAUGGGAAGGACCGUUGUUAAGGGACAAACGGUGGAUGAUUUGUUACGAAGAAGUGCUGGGAUUCCUGCUGCUUAUAUUGCUCUUUUUCUAUCAGAACCGGAAGGGACACCCAAGAAGCUCCUUCCACGGGCAUUACGGUGGCUAAUAGAUGUCGUUGUUGUUUCACUGCCAAAUUCAGCCGAGGCUAAUCAACAGAAAGGUGGUUCAAGCAAUGACGUAGCAGCAAAACCAGCCUUAAUAUGUCAAUCAACCGAUCAGAAUAAAGAAGCUUCAAAGAUACGAGACGAGGGUGUCAUUCCCACUGUACAUGCAUUCAAUGUACUUAGGGCUGCUUUCAAUGACACCAACCUAGCGACAGACACAUCAGGUUUCUGUGCUGAGGCUUUGAUCAUUGCAAUACGUUCUUUCUCUUCACCAUAUUGGGAAGUGCGCAAUAGUGCUUGUCUUGCUUACACUGCUUUGGUUCGUCGUAUACUUGGAUUUCUUAAUGUCCAAAAACAAUCUGCACGCCGUGCAUUAACUGCUCUUGAGUUUUUCCACAGGUAUCCUGCAUUGCAUCCAUUUCUAUUCAAUGAGCUAAAAGUUGCAACUGAGUUGCUCGAAGAUGAAUUGUCAGAUCACUCAAAAUUCAACAUGGGCAAAGUUGUCCACCCAAGCUUGUGCCCUAUCCUAAUUCUAUUGUCCAGACUCAAGCCUUCUGCAGUAAAUUGUGAAGCUGAAGAUGAUUUGGAUCCUUUCUUGUUCACGCAAUUCAUCAGGAGAUGCUCCACCCAAAGCAAUCUCAAAGUCCGUGUGCUUGCAUCAAGAGCUUUAACUGGUCUGGUAUCUAAUGAGAAGCUGCCAAUGGUCCUUCAUGAUAUUGCAUGUGGGCUGCCAAUUUCUAGAAACCAAACGCUGAGCAACUCUAGUUCAUCUGGAUCACCACAGUUUGUUUCCUUUAAUUCUAUUCAUGGGAUGCUAUUGCAGUUAAUUUCUCUUCUGGAAACCAACUGCAUAUAUUUGGUCAAUAACUUGAAGAAAGACCAUACUCUCGAUGAGUUGAUCCAGGUGCUUCUGACGCGAUCAUGGAUCGGCACUCCCAAAUUUUGCCCUUGCUCUAUACUGAGUACAUCUUAUUUGAAAGUGCUUGAUUAUGUUCUUGGCAUUGCGAGAACAUGCAGCGUAAAUAAUUGUUUUCGGGAUAUUAGGGGUCUCCUUCUGCAGUUAGCAUCUGAAUGCUUAGAUGUAAAUGAGCUUAAUGGAUCUGAAUUUUAUGAUCCAACUAGAGCCGAACUCCUCAAGCAGGCAGCUUUCUCUUAUUUCAAUUGUGCAUUUCAACUUUCUGCUGAAGCAGCUGAUGAGGGAUACAGGAUGCUGCAGGGACAUUCAUCAGCAGCAUUGGAUUCACUUAAGUUAACCAAAUCUGAACCUUCAGUUCCUGGACUUCAAGAAAGAUUAACCAUCUCCAUCUCAGAUCCAUCGUAUGAAGUUCGAGUUGCAACAUUAAAAUGUCUUCUUCGGUUCCUCAACUCAACAGGAUCUCAUGAUUUGUCUAAUAGUGACAUCAACAUUGUUCACCAGUGGGCAAAUACCAAAUUGCAACCAACACUGAUGCAGCUCUUGCUUACGGAAAAGAACCCAAAAUGCACUGAUUACAUGCUGAGACUUCUUUAUUCUUGGAAUUUGCUGCAGUUCCAGAAAUCGAUUGAUCAGCAAAACAUGGAUAGCAAUAGCAUUUAUGUUGGUACAAUGGAUUGUGAUUCCAUGUUCCAGUUUUGGGAUAGCUUAAUAUCAUUGAAGAAGGUGUCAACACACAAAAAGGUUCAACAAGCAGUCAUGUGCUGCAUCGGCAUAUGCAUUAAACGGUUUGCAGACUUGUUUAGAAGCUCUGUUAUCAUCCAGAUUGGAGAGAAGAAAACACGUGAUUGUGGGAAACUUGAGGAUUUGGGCAUGUUGGGCCAUAUCUAUGGAUGCAUUAGUACUUUUGUUGACCUGGUUACACAACACGGUGCUCCAUCCGAGCCUGUGAGCUUGCGGAGAGCGGCUGCAGAUUCCAUUUUAGCAUCCGGGUUACUUACCGAAGCUAUCCAUCUCAGCUCUUCUGUCUCUAAUUCCGAUAUCCCAUCUGAAGAAGAGUGUUCAUUCAGUCCAUCAGAAGUUGCUAACUUGUAUGCUCGUAGAAUCCUUGAUCUGUGGUUCAUGUGCAUUAAGCUGUUGGAGGAUGAGGAUGAUCCGCUUAGAGAAAAAUUUGCUGACGAUGUUCAGAGGUGUUUUACUUCUCAAGAGUCCGGUAUAAAUCAUCAGAUUGGAUUGGUUCCUACUCAAGUUGAGAAAGUGAUAGAAUUAAGCUUUGAAUUCCUAUCUUCAAUGUUUGGUCACUGGCUUGUCUACUUUGAAUACCUUUCGAGAUGCGUUCUGAACACUACAAGUCACACGGUAGGAAGAGGGGAUCUUGUUAAACGGGUCUUUGACAAGGAAAUUGAUAAUCAUCACGAAGAGAAGUUGAUGGUCUGUCAAAUUUGUUGCUUCCAUUUGGAAAAGCUUCCCACUUCACCAUCUUGGGCAGUUGGGAUAUCUGAGAAGAAAGAGGUUGUGAUUUAUUUAAACAAAUGGAGAACUAGAUUUUACCAUCAGUUACUGUUGUUUGUGAACGACUAUCACGUAUUAGCGGGCGGAACUGAGUGGAUUGGUGGUGCAGGAAAUCAUAAGGAGGCUUUUACAUCUGUUUAUGCGAACUUACUUGGCCUUUACACUCUCUCCAGGUGCCUCUUCAACUUUGACACUGAUGUUUGUAUGCCUCAGUUGUCGGACCUUGUUAAUCUUGGAACAGUUAUGGUAUCGUUUCUCAAAAAUCCUCUUAUAUCCAACCUGUAUUCAUUAAUGAUUCAAUCACAUGAAAAAAAUGCUCGGUUGUGCCGACGAGUCUUCAAGCCCUACCUCAAGAACAGCUUUGGCCAUUUGGGAGGGUUUUGAUCCGUAUUUUCUUCUGAAGUAAGGUUUCAUCUGUAUGGUAGUAGCUCUCAGUUAUAUUAUUGUUACAGUCCCUUCCAGGGGAAAUUGAGAAAAAAUAUUUUAGCUGAAAGAUU